AUGUGGAGAGGCCGAAAUCUGCCGUACGACUUCGAGAACAACACCGGGCUUUCCGCGGUGGUACCGGACUACAAGAAUUCCCGGAAAAUGGAGGUGACCCUGAACGAAACAAGAAUCAGUGACGGAGCAGACUAUGAGCUGAACCUGAUCAAGAAGGAGCUUUCCUUCAUCUGGAACGCGAUAGUGUUUGCGUACUCUCUCGGAGACGGUCUCAUCCCGUUCGUUGCGUCCCAAGAGCACCUCGAUAGGCGAACUGGCAUCUGGAGAUCCGAAGACAUCAAGCAGAUCACCGAAACGAUCUUACCGAAGUCAAUCAAUGGAACGAGUCAACCCUUUGUGCUCAAAGCUGUUCCUCUUACCAAGAACAUGAAGGAAGUUCACGGAAUCCCGAAACCCUAUGAUUUCGGGUACAAUAUCCAAGACGAAUACGGAAAUAACCAGUUCCGCCAGGAGAGCUCCAACGCUCAGGGCAUCGUGAAGGGGAGCUACGGUUACACAGAUGCUUUCGGAUUGCAUCGUCGAGUGGAAUACGUGGCUGAUGAGAACGGUUUCCGAGCCGAAGUGAAAUCCAACGAGCCCGGAGUGAAGGACGAUCAGCCAGCGAGCGCCCAUUUCACCGUUGAAGAAGUCCCGCAGCAAAUUAUUCGGGUCCUGUCGAGCGGGAAUAACCACCUCCAUCGUCAUCACGAUCAUCCCGAGUCGGCGUCGUUGAGGCUGAAGACUGUCCCGACUGUACGAGCGGUCGCUGCGAGUCCACGAACCAAGCAAUGA